AAAAAAUUGAGGUUAGAACAUGUGUUAAUGGCGGCUGAAAUGGCUACAGAAUUUAGCGAGGAUGGUAAAUAUUUCGCCCAGUUAUCGACCGAUGGUAAAUUAAAAGUAUGGGACACAGUAGCAAAUUCGUUUGAACAGGAAUUUACCCCAGAUUUUCACCUGACAAGUCCUUGUACUUGUUUACAUUUUAUAAAUUCACAGAGUGGUAGCAAGGAUGUGUCUCCAAAGAAAAAGAAGCGUAGGGAGUCAAUAUCUGAACCAGGGGCAAAAAUAGUCCUGGGUACAACUUCUGGGAGUCUUUUAGUAUACUCAAUAGCAAAAGCUAACGUAGAAUGUUCUAUAAAUAGCAAUUUAAGUCAAGGUAUUACUUGUAUAUCAAUUGAUGAAGCAAACAAGGCUUAUACUGGUGCAGAUCAAGAUGUUUUGGUGUGGAAUCUUACUAAACGGUCUAUGUCAAGUAAAUGGAAAACUGGAAAUGAAAAGGUUACAUCCAUUUUAAAUGUACCUGGUACAAAAAAUCUACUGACGGCUUCUAAAACUAUAAAGUUAUGGAGCAUAGACAAAAAAGAACUACUAAAAACAUUCACGGGGCACAGCUCAAAUGUAGUAUUUUUAAAGUAUAUUUGUCCAAGAGAAAAUUCAGAUUCCUAUUUCAUCAGUGGAGCAAAGGAUGAUCGAAUAUUGAACUGCUGGACAUUGAGUAAUACUUCAACAGAUAAAAAUGCUGUUACCUCAUUUCUUAUGGAGGACAUAGUGCAAAAUAUUUCUAUUAAUACCUCUUCAGAUGGUACAACAAGUUUAGCUGCUAGUGUUAGGAGUGGUGUGGUGCAUAUUUAUCAACACACACUUAAUGGAAAAUGUGGAAAACCAUUAAAACCCAAAACAACUCUACAAGUUGUGUCAGACACUGGUCAAAAUAAGAGUUUGGUGGUACCAAUAAAGAUUUUUGGAUCUAUAUUUAGAGAUGAUAAUACUCUUUGUAUAGGACAUGGCACAGAGAUUAUAAUUACCUUUGAAAAUAUUACAAUAACUACUUAUCAAAAACUACAUUGCCUGGUGCGCAAAGAUCCCCGGAGAGUACAAUCAGCAAAUGAGAACGAAGUGACAAAAAUUAAGACCCCAAUUGUUGGUAACGAUGUCCUAUAUGUUACACCACAAACUUCGGCAGUUGGUGCUAGUAAAAGAAAGAACGAUGGCCAACAGGAAGUUCCUAUGGAAAAACGGUUGGAGAAUCUUACUUUGAAUAAAUUAGACAGUGCUUCCGGUGUCCCCAAGGGGGACAAUGUGGCUCAGUUGUUGGUGCAAGGAUUGCAUAGCAAGGAUAAAAAGAUUUUAAACCAGGUUUUGUUGAAAAGGGAUGAUAAUAUCAUCAGGAAUACUGUAAGAAGACUGCCUAUAACUGUUGUAGUACCUUUAGUUGAAGAAUUGAACACUAAAUACCUUAAAGGAAAAACCAACUUGUGUCAGAUUGGUGCUUUAUGGUUAAGGCACAUUCUCCAAAUUCACUCAGGAAUUUUAAUUUCAAAUCCUUCUCUUGGAGAGUUAUUGGGUAGUUCUCUCAUGGGAAUCGAGAACAGGUUGUCCCUACUAACUCCUUUAAACAGGCUGAAGGGGAGGAUAAACUUGCUUUCAUCCCAAAUCAGUACUACACCAGAAAGUAAUGAAGUUGAUGAGGAAGAAGCCCUGCUGGUCUUUGAUGAUAAAGAUUCAGAUUCAGAAGUUGAAAAUCUGGAAAUGGACGCGCAUUCAGAGAGCGAAAAUGAAUGGGAGGAAAGUGAGAAUGAGGAAGAAGUUGAAGAAAAUCAUAAAGAAAACAAUGUCAACAGUAGUUCUGAAGAAGAUGAUGAUGAGGAUGAAGAAAUGUCAGAUGACGACGAUUCAUCGUAAUUACAUUUAUUUUUUACUAGUUGUACAUAUUUACACCGGUUUUAAUUGAUCAAGAAUUAUUAAGGAUAAUAAUUACUAAGACUUUGUUUGAAUUAAAGAACUUUUGCUUUGUAACUUUUUAUACAUUUUUGUUGUUUCUAUAUCGUCACUUGUAAUGUUUGUCCCUUAGUUGAAAAUUGAAUAUAUUUACCUUGUUGACUUUAUAUUUGAUACCAUAAUUGAAUGCAUUGAUUGCAUAAUUGUAUUUAA